AAAGCAGGGGAAGGAAUACACGUAUCCUUAUAUCCAAACAACAUCUCAUCCCCCUUCGAGACUUCUUCUUCCUUCUUCUUCUUCUUCGUCGCCGAUCUCAAACACCGUCUUUUCUCAGCAAACCCUCAACCAUGGAUUGCGACUUCAGGAACAAGUCAGGUCCCCCCUACGGCCGCCCUAUGUACCCAUCUCCUUCUCCAUCAUCGACCCACCCUAUGUACAACGGACCUCCGGGAUACCCUAAGAUCGGUCAACAAAGCAGCCACGGCCAGCCGUUUUUCCCUCCGCCGGAGAGAAACCCCUCGUUUCAGCACAACCCUUCUCCUUCUUCUUCAUCUGGAUUAGGAAUCAAGGUGACUCUCAAGCCUGAGUAUCGGAUCACUCCUCCGCCUCCGUUGUUGCCUCGAGUUGGAGAUGUUCCUCGGAGCAGCUUUCAGUUUGAUUUUGGUUUAGAAAGGAAGGUUCUUGCUGAGGCAGAGAAGGAGAAUCCGGAUUGGAGCAAGUUUGGGUCUGAGCAUCCUCCUCCACCGUCUAACUUUCCACCAACACCGUCACCUUCAAUGGGUGUGGAUCCUGUGGUGAUGAAAUAUGCAGGGCUCAACCGAGAAGCGGUCAACAUCGCAGUUGCAAACUAUGGUGAUAAUCCCACAAAGGUUCAAGAGUUUGCAAAUGGGUUCACGGCGUUAAGGGAAAUGGGGUUCCCAACGAACGCUGUUGCAGAUGCUCUCUUCAUGUUUGAGAAUGAUACUGAGAAAGCAUUGUCACAUUUGCUCCAUGGUUCUUCUUGAACUUGCUUUUCAAAUAUCCUCCUUCUAUAUAGUGUGUAUAAGUAAAACAUCAAAUUUGAUAACAUAAAAAGAUUGACAAAAGUAUAGAUACUGUUUUUUUUUUUUUUUUUUAACUUACGUAAAUUGAUAUGA